ACAUGUCGAUAGUUUGAUUAUCGAAAGACGUUGUGUUGCACGUGCGUUCGUUUUUUAAAGAAAUAAACAAAUUUAAAUUAUAGUAGUUAAUCAUAAAAACUAACCGAAAAUGGGCGAGUUUAUAGCUGAAAUGCAGGAGCGCCUGCUGCCGGAGUACGAGCAGAUGAAGCACUAUAACGUCUUCACGCCAGAUCAAGUCAGAGACAUAGUGAGCCGGCGCGAGCGUCUUUUCCUGAAGAUCACCAAAAGCCACCUGGCUGUCGGCGAUUAUCUAGAGUUCAUCGUCUACGAGAAGCAAAUGUACAAGACGCUCACGGACAAGGAGAAGAUGAUGCACAUAAAGCUGACCGGCCUGAAGACCUCCAUUUCCACACGCAUCAUGCGCCUGUACAGGGAAGUGCUGGGCAAGUUCACCCACGACAGGCGCCUUUGGAGCAAUUGGAUCAAGUUCAGCAAAAAGUCCGGGCCCCAGGAGGUCGCGGGCAUCUACGAGAAGAUGCUGCUGUAUCAUGGCGAUGAUCCGAACUUUUGGGUGGACGCCGCCCUGUGGCUUUACGAAUACAAUCGCCUCAAUAUAGAUCGCGUGAAGGACAUUCUGCUCCGUGGCCUGCAGCGGCAUCCCGACUCGGAGGCCCUCAACAAAUGCUUCUUCGACAUUCUGCUCAAGGAGGCAGCGCGUGCUGAUCCCGAAAAGAACCUGGCUGAGAACACAUUGUCCGAGCAGGACAUCAAACUGGAGCGUGUCGAGGCCGUCUAUCGCAACAGCAUGGCGAACAUUACGAGUUUGGACUACUUUGUGAAGCUGCUGGAGAGCUGUGAGGAUCACCACGAGAUGACCGUCAAGCUGCAGCGUCUGAUUAUCGACGACAUGCAGGAGAAGUUCCCGCGCGAGCCUGGCCUCUGGGAUCUGGCGGCACAGCGUGAGCUGCGUGGCUACCAUCUCGGAGACGAGGACGAGGAGCCCGACAACAAUGAGGAGGAGCCAGCCAGCAAGAAGUCUCGUCCUGCCAGCAAUACGCGCUCCCUAAAGCGCCGCAUUCAGCUUUGCGUGACCGUCUACAAGUCCGCCGUGGAGGUGCUGCAGACACAGGAUAUGUGGAGUCUUUAUCUGGAUGCCAUGCUCACUCUAAACAGCGACGGCAAGGCGGAGCGAGCCCUCAAGCAGCAGUGCCUGGCCGAUGCCCUGCAAGAUGGCCAUCGCUCGAAGCUGAUGCACGUGCGGCACUAUGCGACCCUGAGGAAGAUGCUCAGCAGUGCGCCGAGCGGACGGGAGGCCACGGUUACCAUUCUCACGGAGGCCCUCAAGAACGACGCCUCGGUGGAGAUGCACCAGCUGCUGCUGGGCACACACGUGCAGAAUGACAGCGAGUCCCUGAUCCAUGAGCUGUUCAACAAAGUCCAAAGGACCAUGGGCGCCGAAGCCCUGCCGCUGUGGCAGACCGUCAUCCUAUACUAUCGCACGCGUCAGGAUAGCCUCGGCAGGAAGCGGCUGGAGGAGAUCUACAAGCUGGCCACAGCCUCCGUCUGGCCGGAGUUCGCCGAGCUGCGCUCCGACUAUCUGCGUUAUCUGUGGCAUGCCGAGUCCAUGGAUGCGGCGCGCACGGAGUACGCCAAGCUGGCCCUACAGCCGCCCAUGUCCCUGCAGCUUCAUCGUCAAAUGGCCCAGCUCGAGAGCAGUCUGGCAGUGCGCGACAAGGCGGGCAUCAAGUACUGGCGCAUGUGCUACGAGUUUAUGGCCGUUUACUUUGGCAAAACGGAGCCCAGCAUCUGGGUGGAGUAUCUCACCUUUGAGCGGGACCAGGGCGAAACCAAGAACCUGUCUCUGCUCACCCAGCGCGCACUCACCACCCUGGAGCCCCGGCAUGUGCCCGCCUUCGAGGCGGAGCGUGCUCUGGCCUAUGUAGGCGCUGCACUCGUUGGCUAAGAAACCGACCAAGGGCCGACUGGAUCAUUUCUUUUGCUAGCUUGUAAGUCUAAAUAGUGUUUCUUUUUCUUCUGAUUUUGUACAUUUAGAUGUCCUCGACUCGCCUAUAUAUUGUUACAUUCAUAUCUUAUAAUAUUCUGCUAUCGAUUGUGCAAAACAAAUUUGUUUUUAAUUAGCUCUAGCCUAAGAUGAAAAUGCCUACAAUCCUUUAAAGAUUUAAAGUUCAUAGUUUCGUUGUAAAUUUUUAUAAUUUUGAAAUAUUUUUUCAAGUGAUUUGAUGCUUGUACAUACGGAAAUGAUUUAUUGGAACAUUUUGUGGCUAUUUAAGUACAAGAUUUAAGUUUUUGCAUAUGUAUAUCUUCUAUUCUUGUAAACUCAAAAC